AUGCGUAUCAGUAUCUUUCUGUUCCUGGCAGCUACUGUAGAUGCCGUGUUGAGUCCGAGCUCGAUAGACUCGGACAUCUCAAUCCUCAUUCAUAAUGAUCUCCUAGAAGGGAACAGUACCUUGGCUGGAUCAGGAGUUCUGCUUCUAGAUCCAAUGCCCUUACAAAAAGCCAUAUCCACCUGUCAUAGCCUUGGCGAGACUCUCAUCAUAUCAAACAGGGUGUCAGAUAUUAAGAAUGCUUUGAAAUAUCUCAAUUUCCAGGGAAAAUAUGGCACCAGCCAAAAUUAUUGGAUUUCUCCUGUUCAGAACGCCCCCUCGACCAUCAACGUUGAUGGAAAAGUCCAGAAAGCUUCUGCCAACACCUACUUGCCAGCCCUCUGUACUCAAAGUGCCCGGUACUCCAAUUCUGAAACUCAGGACACCAGCGCGAUUUGGCAGAUCUCUGUUCAUUCUAAUAAUGAAUAUCUCACAGGAUUUCGUGAUCGAGUGAGUUUCCGCUUCCUCGGAAUCCGAUUUGCUUCACAACCUAAGCGCUGGACGUAUUCAAAACUAUACGAAGGAUCUGGCAAAGAGGUUUCCGCCCUCGACUACGGAUCCGAAUGUCCACAGGGUUCCAGUGGAGCAGAGGACUGUUUCUUUUUAAACAUCUGGACGCCGUACCUUCCCAAAUCCACAAGCACAGCAAAAGAAAAUCUGAAGCCAGUCAUGUUUUGGAUCCACGGAGGUGCCUUUCAGACAGGAACAGGAAGUGAUCCUACUGUCGAUGGGGGAAAUUUAGCGUCAAGAGGUGAUGUCGUGGUAGUCACCAUAAACUACCGUCUCGGAAAUUUGGGAUUCCUGGCCCUGGAUGAUGGGAAUACAAAUGGGAAUUACGGAUUGGCGGAUCAGAUAAUUGCCCUUGAAUGGGUACAACAGAAUAUUCGAGAUUUCGGCGGUGACCCAGAGCGAGUGACUAUCUUUGGACAGUCUGCUGGCGCAGGGUCGGUUCGAGCGCUACUAGCCUCCCCAAAGUCGCGCGGAAAGUUUGCUAGUGCUGUCAUGUUAAGCAACCUUGGAGGUGUGGGAUAUGGAACAACGUACUCCGAGUACUACAGCAUCGCCGAGGAGAUGGAAAUCGUCGGGAAUGAUAUCCUGAGCCAAACAAAUUGCACAAAUGCCAGCUCCAGGAUCGACUGUCUACGAAAUCUCUCUGCUUUGGAGAUUAUUAAUCUCACUGCCAGUGCGAGGUACCUAGUCGUCGAUGGCGAAUACCUCCAAGCCCCAGAGCUAGGAUUAACGAAUCCCGAAACUACAGCCAACGUCCCAUUACUACUCGGUACAACAAGAGACGACGGAGCAGCAUUCAUAGCUUACCCAUCAGAGAACGAAACGCUGCAAAAAUUCCUCGAAGCAUCAGACCUCCCCUCAAACAUCCCUAGCUCAUUCUUCCCCAUCCCAUCAGGAGCAAAUCAUACACUCAACAUCUUCAAUACCUCCGCCCGAAUAUCCACAGACGGCGUGUUCCGCUGCAUCGACCAAGCAACUGCCUACGCAGGCGUACAAAACAAUAUUUUCCCCUCAAUAUUCUUCUACGAAUUCAACCGCACCUACCAAAUGCCAGGCUGGUCCCCGAAUCCCCCAUUAUGCCAAGCACCCAUCACAGCAGAAUUCCCGAACGGCGACCCAAGCAUGGAGUAUUUCAAAUGUCACUCCGGAGAGCUGUAUUAUGUUUUCGGCAAUAUCUUACGUGUGGGACUACCGCUACGAGAUGACUUCGACUUGCCAUUCGAGCAGUAUGUGCUUGAUUCGUGGGCGAGUUUUGCUCGCUCUGCGGACCCGACUCCUGAUUUGGGAUUUCUGAAGGCUAGGGGAUAUGUUAAUACAACUAAGGAGGUUGAGAGGACGGGGUCUUGGGAAAAGUUUCGGGAGGGGAGGUAUAUGUUGAGGAGGUUGCAGUGGCCAUCAGAAAUGGUUGAGUUGGAUGAGGUGCUUCAGUGUCAGGCUUUGAAUCUGUCGUUGAGCUACUAUACUACCUGA